UUUUUAUUUUUAUUUUAUUUUAUUUUUUUGCAAAAAAUCAUUCUUAGAUGGUGAGAUUUCAGUCUCGUCAGUUCUGCCUAUUUUGAGCUGUUUUAGGGCGUCUUGUCUCUUUAAAUCUAAAUAAUUUGUUCCUGGUCAUACCACAUAAUUCAACAUUUACACUCACACAACAAAAUGGCUGCACACUAUGGUGGCAAAUUAGGGCCAUUGUAAAAAUUAAAUAAAUAAAUGCAUACAUUUCCACCAAAAGAUUAAUCUUAGAAGUUUUCAAGAAAAAAAACUUGGCAUUUCUAAGUUUGAAAAGUCAAAAAUAUAUUAGAAAGAAAGUCUGAGUGAUCUCAGAAGUUUUCUAGAAUUUUUAUUUGAAAAUUUCUGAGUUUCAAAAAUGUUCAACUUUUGACCCUGAAUUUUUUAUUUUUUUUUUUUGUACAAAAUUUAGACAUUUCUGAGACUAACUGUGUAUCUUUGAAAAGCAGCAGUAGAGCCUUCUGCACAACCAACAAGAAUGCAACACUUGAUUUCAAAAUGGUAAUUCGACAACAAAACACUUGUCUUUUUCUGCUGCCACUGUACAGAGCAUACAGCAAUAAAACCAGCAUAAACAAACAUACUGGAACUUUACCUUGUAUGGGUUGCUAGGUGACAGGUUGUUUGCUGGGGUUGCUAGGUAAUGGUGCAGCGCCCAUUGACUGUGACUUAAAAUAUGCUUAGCAAUCUGGAAGUGUUUUUGAUUUUUCAGACAUCAAAAAACAUGAAAAAGCUGCUGGGUGUCUAUUUUAAGUCCUUGAUCCGAGUUUAGGUGCAGGUAAAGCUGCUUUGCAGUUCAGUUUUAUCAAAGUAUUACAAAAAGGUAAUAUUAAGUGGUAAUUAUUUGUUUAAGAGAGUAAGUUUCUUAUAAUAAAAAUGUAGAAAUCAAUCUCUGAAACAGAUUUAUGUAAUGCUCAUUCAGGAAAAAAGAUGCACAAUAAAUCUGAUUAAUUCAUGGCUUUAUCUACUCUUGUAACUUUUACUGCUUUAAUUAAUUUUCUUCUUACUUUAACUCCUGUUGACUCCAUAAAGGGAAUGUUACUGUGUGGAAGCUGCUACAUUAUUUGAACAUUUUCCCUUUUAAAUGAUAAAAAGGACUUUUCGUAUAAAAUUAACCUUAUUUAUUGAGACACUGCUGGAAAAAUAAAGGUGCUUUUGGCACGAUCAUGAAAUACUUUUUUGCAAGUUCCUGCAAAGGUUUUGUAAGAUCUUUUAAAAUUCACUGAGGAUCUUGCUUAAGUACCUGUUGAGCAAGCUUGCAAAAAUAAGCUUGGAUCUCACAAAAAUCUUGUAAUCUUUUUGCCAGAGCUCACAAAAGUACCUCAGAAUUUCACAAAAGUAACUUGGUAUUUUGGAAAAGCCCAUAGGAGGAUUGCAAAAUAUCAGUGGGAGCAUGCAAAUAUAACUCAGAUUCUUACAAAACAUUUGUGGGACCUUGCCAAAGUAAUUCAGGGAGCUCUCCGUCUUAAGACUGCAAGGGAACCUUGGAUGUCGGAAAAGUGCCUUAAUUGGGAGCUCAAAAAACUAACAAAAUCUCCUAAAAUUUUUGCAGGGGUGCCCAAAAGUAAACAAGAAAAAGUAGCUGAGAAUCCAGACUCUAUUUCACUCUCAAAAUUAACAGUUUGGCUACAACAAUGUAAUUCCCAAAGAGGUAAUAACCUAAAACUUGGCUUGCAGUCCGAUGAAUGAUGAUGUGUAUUACAGGAUCUGUCAGCGUUUGUUAAGAUUGUUUUUCUUAUUUCUUAUAUUUCUAUUCAUUUGAUUUAUACUGUGCAUAUUAUCUAACCUAGAAAUGACUUAUUUUGCCCUCAAAGGGACAAUUUUUCUGUCUUAAAGUAAUAUGUUGUUACAAUUAAGUACAAACCUUUUAGAGGAAAAUUUGCAGAAAAGCAACAAAGGUUUUCUACAAUUCUACAAUCCAGGGAAACUAAAUUGUUAAGACUAGUCAAUAAUUACAAGAAAUUUUUUGGAGUGGUAUUAAACUAUAGUUGCUUUUGGUUUAAAUGUUUCUGUUAGAUUUGGAAACAUAGAGAUUCAAGUCCUGUAAAAGUGCCUUAAACAUGGACAGUUUCUUGCUAUAAUUAAACAUGGCAACUCCUUAGGACCUCCAAGCCAUCAGGGGGCCCCAAAGCUGCAUGUUCAGCGUCCAAAACAUUAAAAUACCCUGUCUUUAUCUGUAGUUAUCUAUUUGUUACAUCUUUUAUAUGUUUGAAAAACAAAGCAGACAAAUAAAACUGGAUAGUUUUGUGUUAUUUUGUGCUUUUUGCGUUAUUAGGUCAUUUGUUGGUGAUGUUGUCUGGAUAAUUGGUUGCUAAGCACUUUUUUUUAUUAUUUUGCUACUAAGUUUCUGCUACGCGUAAGCUAGACUAGAGUAAUUUUCAUUUAGCUGGUAGGAAUCUAUUCUUCAUUAACUGAGCUAUCGUGUCACAUUGUGCACAGAAAAGAAAAAAAAGUACAUUUUCAAUAAAAAACCUUUUGAAACUUAAGUAAAACUAAAAAGUAUUUGGUAAAACAUCUUCUCAAGCACUGGUAAUUGAUCAAAUUAUCAAUCAUUUGAUAUUUAAAGAUGACAUAAUGAGACGGACCAAAAUUUUGGUACUUUGAGGAUAAAAUAACAAUAAUUUAUACAAGUAACAAAAAAUUAAAAUAAAAAAUUUCUUUCAAUAAAAAAACUUAUGAAACUGUAACAAAAACUGCAGAUGUGUGUCUGUGUUUGGUGAAUUUUUGAUUAAAACAUUCACCAAACAUUUCACAAUGUUCUUCAUUCAGUGAAGUUUUACAAUGGGUAGACAACACAGAAAUUUUACUGAAGUAAGAGUAGCGAUACUUAAUAAAAUUACUCAAGCUAAAAGUGAAAAGUCCAACGUAAUAAAAAAAAAUACGAGCAAGUGUAAUUAGUUACUACCCAACUGUUCACAUUCAGUGGUUAAUAUUAUUGUAGGUCAGAUUCAAGUUAUGUUGGAAAAAGGGACCUUUUCUUCUCAUCAUGUGGGAGACAGCGCCCUCUGCCGGUAGUCCGUGUAGCGAGCGGGGAGGAGCCGCAGAUUUACAGAACCUCCUCGAUCCCUGAAGUCAAAACACUCCGGGCAGACAGACAUUUGCUGACAGCAGUGUGAGGACGGGUGUCUUGUCUCACCGUGUAGCCUCUCUGUCAUUACGGAGCCGAACCGGCAGGUCCUGCCCGGUUGUUGUUGUUGACGUGCGUGUCGGUGAAACCAGCGGAGGGAGGAAGUGUUGCCUCUGGAUCUACUCCGCAACGCAUCUGCGCAGACGUAGACGAAGAGGCUGAAGAAAAAGAAGAAGAAGAAGCCCCGCUGCAGUGUUUACCAAGAUGCCGUUUUCCGUUAACGGCAUCCUUUCUGCGCUCGCGCUGCUGCUGCUGCUGUGGCGCGCGGAGGAGCUCGCGGAAGCGUGCAGCUGCGCUCCGGUGCAUCCGCAACAGGCGUUCUGCAACGCCGAUGUAGUGAUCCGUGCAAAAGUGGUGGGCGAAAGAGAAGUCGAUUCUGGGAAUGACGUCUAUGGGAACCCCAUCAAGAGGAUCCAGUAUGACGUCAAACAAAUCAAGAUGUUUAAAGGGCCCAACCAGGACAUUGAGACGGUUUUCACUGCACCUGUUUCUGCUGUGUGUGGCGUCACCCUGGAUGCAGCUGGGAAGAAGGAGUACCUAAUCUCAGGCAAGGCCGAGGCGGGCGGACGCAUGCACGUGACCCUGUGCGAUUACAUCAUGCUCUGGGACUCCUUGAGCGCCACCCAGAAAAAGAGCCUCAGCCAGCGCUACCAGAUGGGCUGCGACUGCAAGAUUGUGCGCUGUCAAUCUCUGCCCUGUGAGAUCUCAGCCCCUGAGGAGUGUCUGUGGACGGACCUGAUGAUCGAGAAGCAGGUGCAUGGACGCCAGGCCAACCACUACGCCUGCGUCAAGAGGGCAGACGGCUCCUGCUCUUGGUACCGUGGUGUCGCUCCACCCAAGAAGGAGUUUCUGGACACAGAGGACCCUUAAGUCCGCAACCUGACAGAGAAAAACGGAAACAAGGCAAUUGAAAGAAAUAAAAAAUUAGGCUAUCUAAAAAUGUAAAGCUAUUGUGAUAGAAAUUAGCUGCUGUCCUGAAAAUAACUUUUAGCCUCUUGUCAAUGUGACCACUUUUCAUGCUAAAGUUUCCCAUGAUUAAACAACUCAGAAGUGGCUCAAAAGUUGUCGUCGGAUGCAGAAUUUUUAUUUAAAAAAAAAUUAAAAAACCAUGACAUCAUGAGACUUUGGCUGUGUUGGAAAUGUUCACUCACUUGUUAUGUAAAGUUCAUUUUAAACUAAUUAGUAUUUACAGUUAUUUAUUUAAUAAAUAAUCACCAGAGGCUCAAAUUUUAGGAGAUAGAAUCGGAAAAUCAAACAAUUAGCAUUGACGUUAGCAGUACAACACUGUUUUACACACUUUACGCCACAGUUAGCAUACUAGCAUACUGAUACUAGCAGUAAGGCUCAGUUAACUUAAUGGCCAGAUGUUUAAUAUUAGCCUUCACUCAAUCUGUUUGUUACUAAAAGUUGAUUACUUUUCUUGAAAGCAAAAUAACUGAAGUAAUUUCCUGUUUUAUUCAAGUCAGCCUAUAGUUAACUGACACUGUUGUUAGCAGUUAGCAUGCUGACGUUAGUGGCCACCACUCGGCUAUAAGGUAACUUCUUAGCGUUAGCUUUGAUUCGUCUUUUAAGACCUUAUUGUGAAAACACAACAGUGGUCCUAGAAAUCAGUUUCCUAAACAUCCAUUUACAGUUAACAUUUGCUAAUGCUAACGGUUAGCAUAAACCGCAGGCAGCAUACACGCCCUGUAUUCUACUUUACAAAAUGGGUGAAUUGCUAAUAGUGGACUCAGUAAUGAAAGAGUGGACAAUUUGAACACAACUGUAGACUGGUGGAGUGUCGGUGCAACUUCCUCCUGAGGCUGGCGUUAGGAGGUAAUAAAUUCUUGCUGAGACGGAGCUCUCCCUGUCCAAAAACGCUCGACAUCAGAGCGGCAGUCAAUCAUUCUCUGCUCCCUCAGCCGAUCAUUUACUCUCCAUCUUGUUUCAACUUUUAUUACCUCAUUCUCUAUUUUAUUCCAAAGCAAAUUUCAAGUUGCCUUUCUUUUUUUAAGACUUAAAUAUCUCUUAUUUACACUUCUCUCAUUUUCUCCCCAUAAGUACUGGUGACGUUAGACGCCCACAACCUGCUUUCCUUAAAUAGAGCGCGUAGGUAAAGAUAACCCAUCUAAAUUAAAACCAACUCCUCUUCAUUACUCUACAGUCAAGUCUUAAAUACUUUAUCCCCUUCUUUCUUUUUCAUCUUUAUGUAGCUGUACAGUACCUAUGCAUAUUCUUUUGGUGUUACUUGAUAAUUAUUAUUUACUGCGUUAGAACUAGAUUUGCACUUUUUGAGGAUGAAUUCCAGUAAAGACAAGAGCCUGAGCACACGGAUGUGACAUUUGUCAUUUGCCCAGACUGCCAAAUCCGCCUCUGGUGCAGAUUUUGUCUGGUGAUGAAAGAACACACGCAGAUAUUCGCUAUGUUUGUCAUAACACAAAAUAAAAUAUUACAAUAAAAUCGUAGACGUGUGAAAGUUCUGGGUGUCGUGAAACUUGGGGGAGAUUGAAUGUGUGAAAGAGGGAUUGAGACGAGCUCGCAAGAUGAUAUUUCAGUGUCUUUGUAUUAUCUGUUGAUUGUAAAUGCAAACAGCGGUUUAAUGGUAUUCUCUACAUGCCUAAUGUUAGCUCUGACUUCUCUUUCAAGUUAUUAUUAAAUAAAAGCUUUAUUGCUGUCCUAGAAAGCAACCUAAUCAAGGUUUACAGUGCUGUUUUAUACACCUCAACCUACAAUAACUAAAAAAUAUAUGUAUGAUGAAGUAUUAGAGGCAUAAUUUAAAAGUAAACUCUUUCUAUUUCCAUUUACUUUGUACUUUUCAGUGUUAUUAUAAAAGCCGUCAUGAUUUUUGUGUGAUUGUCUACAAUUGUUUUUAGCUGUCUUCAAACAGAGGGACCUCUUGCGCUGGAGUAACGUGAGAGUGCGGUUAACAAGUCCUUUUAGCGGAAGUGUAGAGAAAUAAGUAUACGUUGUUUUAUUAGAGGACUUUGCAUGUUUUUGAUGCUUUGUGUAAGUCCAGGCAAAGGACAGAAUAUUCAGUAUUAUCAAAUAAAAACACAAGUUUGAAAGAGUA